AUGACCCAAGCCACACGCGAGCUUUCCAGCACCAAGAGAGACGAGUUCGUCAAGGGUGGCAGGUUGACCCAUGGCGCCUUCGCCAAGACCGCGGAAGCACUCGACGUCAGUGCACGUGCGGUUUCCUACACCUGGCGCAAGUUCCGUAACGACGGAACGACCAAAUCCAGCAAGACGGGAAACGUUGGACGGAGACUGCGAUACACGUCCCAGGCCAUCCAACAGCGCGUGGGUGCAGUUCCCAUCGACCAACGCUCCACGAUGCGUGACAUUUCUGUCGCCACUGGCAUCGCACUCGGGACGCUGAGCCGGCACCUCAAGAAGGGGACCUUCCGCCGUCGUUCCACGCGCAUCAAGCCCCUCCUGUCCGACGCCAACAAGCUGGAACGUGUCCAGUUUUGCCGCUCGCGGGUCUCGCCGGCCAUGCCGGCGCCGGCGAAGCCGAAGUGGUUCAACGCAGACAAGGACCGGCGAACUGUGUACCUACUGCCUGAUGAGGCACCUCAGCGUCGGUCGUGGAAGAGUAAGAGGUUCAUCCCGAAAGUGAUGUUCCUGGCUGCCGUGGCACGCCCACGCUUUGACGAAGGCCGUGGCGUUCUGUUCCAUGGCAAGGUUGGGAUGUGGCCCUUCACGUCCUUGGUCCCCGCUGUCCGUUCGUCCCGGAAUCGUCCUGCUGGCACGUUGGUCACAACCUUGGUCAACGUCAAUGCCCAGGUGUAUCGAGACUAUGUCAUCAACAAGGUCGUACCAGCAAUCAAGGCGUCAUUCCCAAGCACGAACAAGCGCGUCAUCCUACAGCAAGACAAUGCUACGCCACAUCGCUCGAUCACGGACGCGGAGUUGGUGUCUGUCUCAACGGACGGAUGGACGUUUGUCGUGCGCCGCCAGCCCCCAAACAGCCCGGACUUGAACGUGCUGGACCUCGGGUUCUUCGCUUCUAUUCAAUCACUGCAGUUGAAGAAGGUCAGUCGCACUGUGGAUGAGGUAAUCCAAUACACUCUCGCUGCAUUUGACGAGUUGAGCUAUGAGAAGCUCGAGAGCGUAUUUCUCACCUUUCAAGCGGUGAUGCGGCUGGUACUCGAGCAUGCUGGCGACAACAACUUUGCCUUGCCUCAUCUGAAGAAGGCGGCUCUGCGCCGCGCCGGACUUCUCAUGUCGAACGUGUCCUGCCCUGUCUCGCUGCUACUGUAG